UCGUUGGAGAUAAGCAAAGCCGUCCGACAUCUGGCACGUGUCAACCACACACUUUAUUGUCAAUUUUCCUCCCCGAUUCGGGUAUUUUCGCUGCGAUCCUCUCAGGUCUGCGUUGAAAUAUUGCUCAGCUCUCGACACAGAAGCAACGCAAAAGAAUUUUACAGAGAGAGAAGAUAAUGGCAACUGCUUCUUUAGGAUCUUCUAGUUUUGUGCAGUCCCAGUUCAAUGCGUUUGGCGGGGGCCUUAGGCCCCAAAAGCACUCCCUUUCUCACCCCAGUCCUGUCACCUUUACAAGGAAAAAGUUUCGAACUCUAGUGAAGGCAAGCUCUCGGGUGGAUAAAUUUUCAAAAAGUGACAUAAUUGUUUCUCCAUCCAUUCUCUCGGCUAAUUUUGCAAAGUUGGGAGAGCAGGUAAAAGCAGUGGAGCUGGCAGGUUGUGACUGGAUUCAUGUUGAUGUGAUGGAUGGCCGAUUUGUUCCAAACAUAACAAUUGGACCUCUUAUUGUUGAUGCAUUGCGCCCUGUAACAGACCUUCCGUUGGAUGUACAUUUGAUGAUUGUUGAACCUGAGGAGCGAGUGCCUGAUUUUGUGAAGGCAGGAGCUGACAUAGUCAGUGUCCAUUGUGAGCAAUCUGCCACCAUCCAUUUGCAUCGUACACUUAAUCAAAUCAAGAGUCUGGGAGCCAAAGCUGGAGUUGUUUUAAAUCCUGCUACCCCACUAACUGCUAUUGAAUAUGUCCUUGAUGUGAUUGAUCUGGUCUUGAUUAUGUCGGUGAACCCUGGAUUUGGUGGGCAGAGCUUUAUUGAAAGCCAAGUUAAGAAAAUCUCAGAUUUAAGAAGAAUGUGUGCGGAGAAGGGGGUGAACCCCUGGAUUGAAGUAGAUGGUGGAGUUGGUCCAAAAAAUGCAUAUAAGGUUAUUGAGGCUGGCGCCAAUGCUUUGGUUGCUGGUUCUGCUGUUUUUGGAGCUAAAGAUUAUGCUGAAGCAAUAAGAGGAAUAAAAGCCAGCAAAAGGCCCGAAGCUGUGCCAGUAUGAAACGAGGUCCAGAAGACCAACUCAACUUGCAGUUGUGCUUCAUUCUCUUCUAUGAUAACAGGCCCAACCAGUGAGCAGCAAAUCGUUGGCUUCUUCUUGUUGUUGUUUGAUUCAUGGUUGAUACAUGUAAACAGCCAUGAAAUUAAUAAUAAACACAAAAAGUCCAGGUGCUGUUGUGGUAUGUGAUUUCAGUACAUAUCUUGCAUAGGAACGUAAUGUUUCAACUUAUCUUCAGUUGUUAUGCUUGUAAAGUAUUCUGUCAUUUUCCUGUUAAUAAAGAAUUUUGAUGUUUCAAUUA